UCCUCCAACUCCCAAGAAAAAGGAAGAUGUAGAAAAAGCGCAACAUAUAUGAACAAAUCAAACUCAAAAAUAAAACUUACAAAAACCUUCCGUAUUUGACUUAGCUCCUUCUCUCUCUUUCUCUCUCCUCCCCCCCUCUCUCUCUACCUUCCUGCUCAUUAGUUAUCGCACGCAACAUAAUCAUCAAUCUUCCAAUUGGAUCUCAUAAUUCUUCAAAAUUUUCGGAUCAAAUUCAACUAAUCUAAAAAAUUCUUUCCAAUUCUUUUAAUUCUUUCAAUUUUUGAUCUCAUAAACCUAAAUUAACAUUGUUUGUCUGGUAAAAAAUGGCAUCGGAAAGGUUAAUCGGCGGCGAUGAACCGGAACAGUUGCAAUUGGAAUCAGAAGAACCUCUAGUUCCGCCUCCAGCUAGGACAUCUUCAUCGUUUUUCGCAUUUAAUCAAAACGAGGCGACUGAGUCAACUCGGAUUUUUGAUGAGUUGCCUAAAGCCACUAUAGUUCAUGUUUCUAGACCUGAUGCUGGUGAUAUUAGUCCCAUGUUACUUUCUUAUACUAUCGAAUUGCAGUAUAAACAGUUCAAAUGGCAAUUGGAUAAGAAGGCUGCACAAGUGUUGUAUUUGCACUUUGCGUUGAAGAAACGUGUGAUUAUUGAGGAAAUUCAUGAGAAGCAGGAACAGGUUAAAGAAUGGCUUCAAAACCUCGGAAUAGGAGAUCAUGCACCAGUUUUGCAAGAAUAUGAUGAUGCUGAAGACGAAGCUGUUCCUUUGCAACUUGAUGAAAAUGCCAAAAUCAGAGAUGUCCCAUCAAGUGCCGCGCUUCCACUUAUCCGGCCAGCAUUGGGUCGACAACAUUCUAUUGCAGAUAGAGCAAAGGUGGCCAUGCAAGGGUAUCUGAAUCACUUCUUAGGGAAUCUAGAUAUUGUUAACUCUCGAGAGGUCUGUAGGUUUUUGGAGGUCUCCAGAUUAUCAUUUUCGCCUGAGUAUGGUCCCAAGCUUAAAGAAGAUUAUGUCAUGGUCAAGCAUCUUCCGCAAAUUCCCAAUGAUGAUGAUCAUAGGAGAUGUUGUGCUUGCAAUAUGUUUAGUUGGUGCAAUGACAAUUGGCAAAAGGUCUGGGCUGUACUAAAACCUGGAUUUUUGGCCUUACUUGGAGACCCUUUUGAUACAAACCUUUUGGAUAUCGUUGUGUUUGAUAUGCUACCAGCUUCUGAUGGUAAUGGAGAAGGUAGAGUUAUGCUAGCAGAAGAAGUAAAGGAUCACAAUCCUCUGCGCCAUGCAUUCAAGGUCACUUGUGGCAAUCGUUGCAUAAGUUUGCGAACGAAAAAUAGUUCCAAAGCUAAGUGCUGGGUUGCUGCUAUAAAUGAUGCUGGGUUAAGGCCGCCUGAAGGGUGGUGUCAUCCGCAUCGCUUUGGCUCUUUUGCUCCUCCAAGGGGAAUAACCGAUGAUGGUAGCAAGGCCCAAUGGUUUGUUGAUGGUCGGGCUGCUUUCGAAGCAAUUUCCUUGGCAAUUGAAAAUGCAAAGUCAGAGAUUUUUAUUUGUGGCUGGUGGGUUUGCCCAGAGUUGUAUCUCAGACGCCCUUUUAAGGAUUAUGCAUCAUCACGGCUUGAUGCUCUACUUGAAGCAAAAGCCAAGGAAGGGGUGCAGAUCUACAUAUUAUUGUAUAAGGAGGUCGCUCUGGCACUGAAAAUUAAUAGUGUCUACAGCAAAAGAAAGCUCCUUAGCAUCCAUGAGAACGUCAAAGUACUACGAUUUCCUGAUCACUUUUCAACCGGUGUUUACCUGUGGUCCCAUCAUGAAAAGAUAGUGAUUGUUGACUACCAAAUUUGCUUCAUUGGUGGAUUGGAUUUGUGCUUUGGUCGCUAUGACACUUUUGAGCACAAAGUAAACGACCAUCCCCCAGCUAUAUGGCCUGGAAAGGAUUACUACAAUCCAAGGGAAUCUGAACCAAACUCUUGGGAGGAUACCAUGAGAGAUCAGCUAGAUCGCACCAAGUAUCCUCGCAUGCCAUGGCAUGAUGUUCAUUGUGCCCUUUUGGGGCCACCUUGCCGGGAUGUUGCAAGGCAUUUUGUUCAACGCUGGAAUUAUGCAAAGAGGAAUAAAGCUCCAAAUGAGCACACAAUUCCACUACUCAUGCCUCAACAUCAAAUGGUUAUCCCACAUUAUUUGGGGAGUAAUUGGGAAACAGAAGUUGAUGAUGUGAACAUAGCUGAGAAUCAAUCUUUGAAAAGGCAGGAUUCCUUCUCGUCUCGAGCAUCCUCUCAAGACAUACCAUUGCUUUUGCCUCAAGAGGCUGGAGAGGAUGAAGAUUCAAAGUUAAAUGGGUUGGAUGUGAGCCAUGACCAGCAAAUGAGGAUAAUCAGAAAUGUUCUUCCGUUCCGAAAGGUUAAAAUUGAACCUUUAGUUUCGGAUAUGCCAAUGAAAGCCUUUGUUGAUGACUUUGAUACAGUGGAUGACUCAGCACGUGUAGGCAUGAAAUCAUUAGAUAAAGAGUGGUGGGAGACGCAAGAGCGUGGCAGUCUGGUUGUUCCUUCAGAUGAAUCGGGGCAAGUUGGACCGUGUGUCUCAUGCCGUUGCCAGGUUUUAAGGAGUGUUAGUCAAUGGUCUGCUGGAACUAGCCAAACAGAACAGAGUAUCCACAAAGCUUAUAUCUCUCUUAUUGAAAAGGCUGAGCAUUUUAUCUACAUCGAGAAUCAAUUCUUCAUAUCAGGACUUUCAGGAGAUGAUACAAUACACAAUCGGGUUUUGGAAGCAUUGUACAGGCGAAUCAUGAAAGCAUUCAAUGACAAGAAAUGUUUCCGGGUUAUUGUUGUCUUGCCUCUCUUACCAGGUUUCCAGGGGGGUGUAGAUGAUGCUGGUGCAGCAUCUGUCCGUGCAAUUAUGCACUGGCAGUACAGAACCAUAUCAAGAGGAGUGAAUUCAAUAUUGCACAAUCUUUAUAGUGUUCUGGGCCCUAAAGCACAUGACUACAUCUCGUUCUAUGGUCUUAGAUCUCAUGGUAAACUAUUUGAUGGCUCUCAAGUUGUUACAAGCCAGAUUUAUGUGCAUAGUAAAAUCAUGAUAGUUGAUGACUGCAUGGCCCUGAUUGGAUCAGCAAAUAUCAAUGAUAGAAGUUUGUUAGGCUCAAGAGACUCUGAGAUUGGUGUGCUAAUUGAGGAUAAGGAAGUGAUAAAUUCACGUAUGGGAGGUAAACCAUGGAAGGCUGGAAAAUUCACUUUAACUCUUCGCCUUUCAUUAUGGGCUGAACACCUUGGCCUUCGACCUGGUGAGAUAUCUCAAAUAUAUGACCCUGUGGUUGAUGCAACCUACAAAAACAUAUGGAUGGCGACUGCAAAGACAAAUACAAUGAUAUACCAAGAUGUCUUUGCUUGUAUCCCUAAUGAUCUCAUACAUUCCAGAGUUUCACUUAGACAGAAUGUGGCACACUGGAAAGACAGGCUUGGGCAUACUACUAUCGAUCUCGGGGUAGCUCCUAAGAAGUUAGAAUGCUAUAAAAAUGGAAACCUCAGAGACACUGAUCCUGCAGAAAGGCUAGAAUCUGUGAGAGGGCAUCUAGUGUCCUUUCCAGUUGAAUUUAUGUCACAAGAAGAUUUGAGACCAGUUUUUAACGAAAGUGAGUAUUACGCAUCACCCCAAGUAUUCCACUGACAUGAUUACGACUCUGGGAGCUGCACGAUGGAUCUGUAUGUGUAUAGCCUGAGAAACUUAACUUGAAGAAGGCAUCUAGUGUCCUUUCCAGUUGAAUUUAUGUCACAAGAAGAUUUGAGACCAGUUUUAACGAAAGUGAGUAUUACGCAUCACCCCAAGUAUUCCACUGACAUGAUUACGACUCUGGGAGCUGCACGAUGGAUCUGUAUGUGUAUAGCCUGAGAAACUUAACUUGAAGAAAGCAGAAAUGGAGGCUUCGUUGAAGGCGGUGAAAAUAUGUGAAUGCUCAAUGAAUAAGAAAGAUACAACUUGGGGAAGGAUUUCUAUUUAUUUUUUGAUAAAUUCCUUCUCUUGCAUAGGCCGUUGAGUUUCAAUGAUGAACGGCGUCUGCCAUAUGUUUCUGUAAUGGCGUAAAUGUCUUGGCAUUAUAGGGUGAUAAUUUUUGCUGUUGAUGAGAGUAAUCUUUAUAAUCUUGGCAUCUUGCCAUUAAUGUAUAGUUGAUCAUUAUUGUAUAAUUCAAUUCUUUUACAUUAUUGUGACUAUAAUAUGUAAGUUGCAAUCUUAUACACCUAAUUAUUUACAGGAAUCAAAUGUAUUCUAUGCACCAA